CCUUGCGUAAACACAAUACACUGGUAACAUCUUUGGAUUCUGGGAAUUUCUAUUUUUAUCAUUUGACGUAUACCUGUCAUUUGGCAUAUUUCGUUGGUUAGGUGCGGUUACGAAAUGUAUUUUUUAAUUCGUCGCACAAAUUAUAUAAUAUGUUUAAGUUAAUAGAGAAAUUUGUCAUUGAAAUUUCUGUUUAUUCACAAAAGUGAUAAUAUAAGUCUGAGUCAUAAAUAAAUUUAAAAAAUCCACCAUCAUGAUGGCAUGCUCCAGAGCCGUGACCCACAAACAAUUUAUCAGAAUAUUGCAUUUACAAAAUUCUAUACAAAUUGUUCCUAUAAGAAUGAAAAUGAGGUGGAGAAGAGGGAUAUCCCUGCCUAGUGGGGCACUACUGCCAGAACCUAAAAAAGUGCCAUUUGGUUUAUUAGGAAUAAUAUGUGUAGUAGUGCCUGGCCUAUUCAUUGGUGCUGCUAUAAGUAAAUAUAUGGCAAAUUUUCUUGAAGAAAAUGAACUAUUUGUCCCAUCAGAUGAUGAUGAUGAUGAUGAUUGAACCAUUUGGAGCACCAGGUAUUUGAGGAAUGAGAAACACUUGCACACGGAAGGCAUUUUUUGUAUUAUCUACUAUAGAGAAAAUUUAUUUCAGUCACUAAAAUGUUCAAAUAUUUAUUAAAGUUAUUUAUUAAAUAGUUUGUCAUAUACAAAUAUAUUAUGUGAUA